GUAGUGAAGUAGCACGGCCGUCCAAUCAGAUCCGUCAAUGGUGGAGCGCUCCGGUUUCAGCCAUGUUGUGGUUUUGAAUGAGGAAGAAGCGGGAGACACUGCACUUCAACGAGUUUUUUGGCCAUUUAAAGUGUCGUUAACCACAUGUAAACGGGCUAGCGUGAGGCGCAACAGGAUAGCCGUUAUUCCGAAUGCAUUGGUUGUGACUUAACACAUCGCUGUUGUAAUUUAAACAUACUUCUGUAAAUUAGCCGCGCUGCUAACAACGUUGGCUAGCAGGGUAGUUAGCAUUGUGUGUAGACUGGCUAGCGAAGUCACCGUUAACUUGCCAGCGCCGAGUGGGGGGAAACGUUAGAAAUUAGCCCGUUUCCAGCGCACCCGCUCGAAUGACUGGCGUUAGAUUCACUUGUGUCGUCUCCGAGGACCGCUAGACGACACGCACUUGUAACGAGUUAUCUGUGAACCGGCGGUGUUAUAAGUACACUUACUUGGAACCAUGCUGAACAAAAUCUACGAAUGGCUGGAGUCAGGCGUAGCCAAUCUUCGCAAUGGUGUUGCAGCUCCGGAACCAUCUCUUGCAGACCGACCGCCUGGAGAUGAUCUCGUCAGAAUGAGAAGGAAAAGACCACUGGAAUGUUCGAAAGACGGAAAGGAUGGAACAGCAAUAAAGAAAUCUCGAAUGGGAGGGCUUAUUGAAACUAUCCUGGUUUCAGCAGAAGGGGUAAAGAAUCGAAGCGUGAGUGUGGCAACGUGGAUGAAGAACAGUGUGAGCCCUACUUUGAGAAAUGUACUGCCUGCCUCCCCUGGACCUCCGCUUGAACAAUCUCAGCCACAGCCAUCAAUAUCGCCUGCAAGCUGGAUACCAAUGACCAGCUCCAAAGAAAACUCGUUGGACCAGACUUUUGCUGCUCCCUCGACAACUUUGGAGUGGAAAACCUCUAAAUCAGUUUGCAGGCGGCAAAUGCACAUCAAUCCAGGACAUCGUGAAGUACCAAAAAUAAAUGGGCAUCCAUGCAGCUUGCCAUCUACUAUCACAUCCAAAUGUCACCCUUCUGCACGGCUCGGCAGGCCCAUAAACUUCAGAACAUAUGCCACACCAAGUGUGCUUAGUGGGGCAUCUACAACCAGCAGCUCCAGCAAUAGCAUGUACGAGAAGACCUUUCCAAUCAAAGUUUUUCAAAGCCCGUCACACAGAACGUCAUCCGGCCACACACUUCACACUAAGCCCUGCUGCACAGCUCAGGAGUCGGUUUGUUUAGAGGAGAAGGAGGUCUACAGGCAGCUUUUGAACAUGGUCUCAGGUGGUCAGUCGUCGUGUCUUCACAAUGGCCGGCCGCAUUCCAUUGUUCGGUCUCACCGAGAUUUCACCAGCUUUCUGAGCACCAGCCGGAGACUGCUACAAUUUUCUUCCCCUGCUGGUUCUGCGGCAGGGGAUACUUCAGAGGGGCCAAGCAGUCCUCCCAGCCCCAGGGAGGUAUCUAGCCAGAGCUCCAGCAACCUUCCCAGCCCUUUGGGGACCACCCGCAAACCAGGGAACCAGACAUGGUCUCAGGACACGGACCUUAGCUCCAUUCAACCUGCUCCCCUCUUGUCAUCUCCCUCCCCUUCCACACUGCAGGACAAUUCCUCUCAGGACACUCAGUCAUCAGCUCAUGAUGGUGACUCAGUUAUUAUUGUGAAUGAGCAAAAGGUUAAAAAGCAAGACGGCUCAAGAGCGCCUUGCUUCCAAGCCGAGUUAUGGAUUAAAGAGCUGACAAGUAUGUAUGAUUCUCGGGCAAGAGAAAGACGAAGACAUAUAGAAGAGCAGGAGGCUUUGGCGGCCCAGCUGCAGCGGCAGCGGCUGUCCGAGGUAGGGCACCGCAGCAGAGAUGUGGAGGUCCAUGUCCGAGUUCCUUUGGAGAAGGAAAUUCCUUUGACUUUAGUUAUACAAGAGCCUUUUGAAGAUAAACCAGAAUUCCCAGAACUCUCAGAGGAGAUGGAAGCUCAGGUGGACAAGGUGCUAAGACGCGGGAGUCCUGAUGAAAUAUUCAGUGAGGGAUUUGGUCUUAGCCUGACCCGCAAAGAUCUGCAGACUCUCAGUGGCCUUAACUGGCUCAAUGAUGAGGUGAUCAACUUUUACAUGAAUCUGCUGGUGGAACGUAGCAAAACCCCUAAGCUGCCCACUGUCAACACAUUUAGCACAUUCUUCUAUCCCAAGCUGCGCAGUAGCGGAUAUUCUGCUGUCCGCCGCUGGACUAAAAAGAUGGACAUCUUUUCCAAAGACAUUCUUUUGGUUCCUGUCCACCUGAGGAUGCAUUGGUGCCUCUCUGUGGUGGAUUUCCGACAAAAGGCUGUCACAUAUUUUGAUUCUAUGGGAGGAAACAAUGAUGAAGCGUGCAAAGUGUUGCUUGAAUACCUGCAACAAGAAAGUAAGGACAAAAAGGGUCAAGAACUGGAUACCACAGGAUGGACUUUAUGCAGCAAGACGCGCAAUGAAAUCCCACAGCAAAUGAACGGGAGUGACUGUGGAAUGUUCACAUGUAAAUAUGCAGAUUACAUUACCAAAGACAAGCCAAUCACAUUCACACAGAAACAAAUGCCGUAUUUCAGAAGGAGGAUGGUUUGGGAGAUAGUGAACCGUAAACUGUUGUGAAAGGAAAGGUCAGCAGGCCUACCAAGGCCCUGCAACACCAGCUCAUCACAUCAGGGACUGACCAAGCUUAUUGAACUUUUGCUUACAGGAUGUUGCUGGAGCUCUAAGCACUGCCCCCAAGUCGUCUACCCACACUUAAGUUUUUUUUUUCUUGAAUUGUCUUUAGAGCGAGCAUACCUCAAAUACUGCAGGAUUUGUCUGAAAAGUAAUUCUUGUUUACUGACUAUAAAGCAUAUUGUCAAGUCCAGUGUUCAGUUUGAAGCAACCACACAUGUUUAGAUGACAUAAUGGGACUCUCCUAAUGGCACCUUUGUAUUGGGCCAUAAGACUUGUACAUUGUUUUCUCUUGUAAUAUGCACAUUUACAUUCAAUAGAGGAUUAUUUUUCUAAUUUGACUUUCAACAAGUGUUGAAAUAUGACAUUGCCAUGCAGAGUGUGAUUGAAUGGAAGUAGAAUUCUUCUGCAAGUGACACAAAGUAGUCUUAUUUGUCACACCUGGAAAAAGGUCCUAAUGAGUUUUGCAAAAAGAUUGUAAAUUAACUUUCAAAGUCUAUUUUGUGUACGGGAGUCUACAGCAACUUUUGACAAAUUCAGAAUAUUUUCAACUUUGUAUAUAUAUUCAAAACCUAAAUUGUCUUGGUACAUUGUAUUAUACUUUUUAUGUACUUGCUAUUUUUUAUGUAGAUUUAAUUGUUUCAGUAAUAAAUGCUCAUGUAUUAUUGUUGGUGCCAUAUCAAUGGAGUACAAACAGUAUGUAUAAAUAUACUGUGUAUACACCAUAUUAGGGUUGUCAGCUUAUAAUCACAAAACAUCCCUUGAAGCAUGUACAGAUGCAGAUUAAUUGCACAUUUUAUUUUUUGUACACCUUAACCAUGAACGGUAACAACACAGGUUGUUCUAAGGUCAGUGAUCAGGUCAAUGCAUACGUCAAUGCCAAGAUGUGUGAGGAGACUCCAACUUGUGGCAAAUUUUGUUUCAAAAUAAAC